GUUAACCCUUAGUAUUCCAUAGGAAUAUUAGUUACCCAGGCAACCGUAGAAAAACAAACCAAAUUAUUUAUAAAACUCAGACCCAAGACAGUGUAACAUUAUGGAUAACUGGAAAAUAACAUCAGAGGAGUUGAUAAGACUGCGCGAAAGUUGCCUGCAAAGCAUCCGGGAUGGAGAAAUCUACCAGUUGCGAAACGAUGCCAAGCUGAGAGCAGUCUACAGCUCCCAAAGCUAUGAGGAGUUCAAGGACAUCGUAGAUGCAGCCCACCUACGCCCAGUGACGAGGAGCGACAAGGCCAAUGCACACACCAAGAAUCGCUUGUGGAAUUCGGCCGCCCGCGAUUAAUUAAUAAAGAUUCCACAAAGUUGCAGGUUCAA